AUGAAAGCUCGUGGAGAAAUCGUUGAUGAUGACUCCGAUGUAGAGCUAUUUGGAGAUGAUGAAGAAGAAGAUAAAGAUGAUAAUGAUGAGGAAAAGGAUGACAAGCCUGAUGAUCAUGAUGAUAAAGAUGAUAAGGGAGAUGAUGAUAACGAUCAGGGUGCUUCCGGGUUAUUGAUCAGAGAUCCAAUUGUUCAAGAAAGAAUCGAUGAAUUGAUGAAUGAUGAAAUAAAUGAACAAGAGGAUGACUUACAAAAUGAAGCUUCAUCAUCAGGAAAGCAGCAUGCUGAUCAGGUAUUUCUUUCAAACCCAACUGUCAUUUACUUGAAUGUUCAACAAGAAGGUAAGGUUGAAGUUAGAAGAACUAGAGCUGAAAUGCUCGAAGAGUUGGGGUUAGAAGAAGGAAAGUUUAAGUUUGAUAUUGAGGACGAGAUUCCUCAGUCACCAGCAAAAGACUUCGAGCCCAGAUAUGCAUAUGAAGCAGAUCAUUAUGAUGAUGUGAUUAUUGAAGAUGUUUCAGAUUCAUCCGAAGAUGAAAUUGAUUUUCCUUAUGCUGGGGUUGAUGAAACGUUUCCUUCAUUUGCUGAGAUGUUCAAAGACCGAAAUGAAGAUGAAAUUAAGAGGAAAAUUGUUGAAAAGAUCUCCACAGAAGGUGUUCCGGAAACUAUUCCGAGAGAGAUUCUUGCUGAAGAGCGAAAGAAAUGGAGAGAAGAAGGAGUUCAAUACUUCGAGUUCUUAUCAGAUAUCAGUUCUCUACCGUGGUGGGAUGUGGAUGAGUUGAUAAAAACAAAGAACAUCAAGCAGUUCUACUAUGGUCCUGAAGUUAGACAACAUGAUCAAGAUUUGUGGAACUACAUCAAAUUGCAAGCAAAGAAUGGCUAUCCUGAUUGGAAGCCACAGUAUCCAAAGCAGAUUGUCAGAUUCUUGGAAAAUGGAAAGAAAGAUAUCACUUUGGAUGUAAAACCGCCUAAGUGUUUGAAGAACAUGCCUCUUAGAGCCAUCGAACAAGAUUUCCAUGAUUUAUUUCAAGGUUGGUUAUACAAUGAAACAACAGCUGAGGCAGUUAUCUCUCUUUAUGAUAAGUCAACUGGAAAAUCUAGAAGAAUCAGCAUUUUGGAUCCAAUGUGGCUUGUUAACUGCUCAAAGAAAGACAUUGAUUGCUUGUUCCUUAACAAGAUCGUUUAUGAGAAGAAAGACAAGGCUCAAGCAAUGCAAUAUCAAGGAAUUGUGGAUGUAUGUUUUGCUCAAGACAUCAAUUCAGGUAGAUAUUGGAAGUCUAAAUGGAGAAACAUUGAAAUUGAUGAAUUCUUGAAAAGAUACAAACGCAGUCAAAGGUCUAAAGAGAUAGCAAAGAGAGCAGCUGAAUUGGGAAGACGAAAAAUGGGGAUUGUACCACCUACAGAUCAGACGCCAAUUGAAUCUGAAGAAAAUAAAAUUCCAAAAUGGGAUCGAAAGCGUGAUGGUGACCCAGAGUAUAGAAAAUGGUGGAUGACUGAAGGUAGACACAAGAGGCGAAGAAUGUUAGAAGAAAGAGAAGAAAAGAGGAGGCAAAAGGCGAAAGAGCAAAGGAGGAACAGGAAGAAAUGA